GGAAGGCCCAGAUCAGACUGCCUACGACAAAACAAUACACUGGCAGUUGUUCCAACUUAAUGCGGCUGCCUAGGUCUCUUGUAUCACAGGUGGCCUACACUUCUUGCUCUGAUCUCCACGCCUUACCCUCGCCUGGCGUCACUCAGGGCAUCUCCAUCCUAUCACUUCACCCACAAAGCCAUUCCCUCUUAGCGGUGUACCGGCAACCUCAGCGGCAUCGAUCUCUGAACACUGGGGCACUGGCUCUUGUAAAAAGAGGUGCUGUCAAUAUGCCGCUGGGAAGACAGGCUACUCUUGCCAAAUUCCUUGGCCAGCAGGCUCAAAACAAGCCCAAAUCUCAGUCGACGUUGUCAUUCAGUACAAAAGCCGCGACUAAACAACUAGCAGCUCGUGAAGAUGGCCAAACGAUCGUCGAAGAAAAAAAUCAAGCAGUGCCCGAUACGGCAACGACAAAUGCGCAGUCCUCCCCGGAAGCAGGACUUCAAAGUAGCGAAGACUCAACCAGCAAAAAACACAAGAGGGAGGCAUCUGAGGGCAGCACCAGCGUGAGUGAUCCUGACGAUCAGCCUGUUUUGAAGAGAAGACGACGGACUUCCACUUCCAAACCCGCCGCCUCUACCAAAGCCAAGAGUCUCUCGACCAAGCCCGAUAGUGGCAAGACCACUGAAAAGAGCUCGAAUACAGACAGGACUCAACCUGAGGGGUCAACAUCGCCAGAUGAGAAAGACGGGCUCUCUGUGUCCGAGGACGAAUCCUCAGUUAGUGACGAUGACACCACAAAAGUCGACAAAAAGCAGGUUGCUCAAAUUCAGGCAACGAUCAAAUCUUCAGGCAAAGACCCAUACCCUGACUGGAAAGCCGGAGAUCCUGUUCCAUACGCAGCCCUGUGCACAACAUUCUCCUUGAUCGAGCUCACCACGAAACGCCUGCAAAUCAUAGCGUAUUGCUCCGCAUUCCUGCAGCAGGUCCUUCGUUUAACACCGGAGGACCUUCUACCAACGGUCCAGCUCAUGCUCAACAAGCUUGCGGCGGAUUAUGCAGGCAUUGAGCUUGGGAUCGGAGAAUCUCUGAUCAUGAAGGCCAUUGGAGAGAGUUCCGGACGUUCGCUGGCGGUGAUCAAAGCGGAUCAUCAUAAAAUCGGCGACUUGGGCCUCGUUGCCGCCAAGAGUAAAUCCAAGCAGUCACAGAUGUUCAAACCAAAGCCACUUACCGUGCGUGGUGUCCACCAAGGAUUGCUGGAAAUUGCCAAAAUGGAGGGGCAGGGAUCACAGGAUCAAAAAGUCAGAGCCAUUAAUCGGUUGAUGGCGUCUGCUGAUGUAUCAUCCGCGAGCAAAGCGGUAGAUAUCAACAAGGACAAAGGAGGACCAUCGGAAGCCAAGUUCCUGGUUCGUUUUCUCGAAGGAAAACUGCGCCUUGGUCUAGCAGAGAAAACCGUCAUUGUUGCACUGGCGCAGGCAGUUGUAACCCACGAAGCCGCGAAGAAGGGCAAGGUGCCCAGUACUGAUCAGUUGGCCAAAGGCGAGGCUGCACUCAAAACGGUCUACAGUGAGCUGCCUUCCUACGAGGUUAUCAUUCCCGCCAUGCUUGAACACGGGAUAUUUAACUUGCACGAAUCGUGCAAACUGCAACCGGGCGUUCCAUUAAAACCCAUGCUUGCCAAACCCACCAAGUCGAUUACUGAAGUCCUUGACCGCUUCGAGGGCAAAGACUUUACCUGUGAAUACAAAUACGACGGAGAGCGAGCUCAAAUUCAUUAUGUCGCCCCUGAAGCGAAGUCAGAAUUUCCCGCUGCAGAAAACACGUUGGCCAAAGAUCCAAAGAACGUCAAAGGUCUUGCUGCGAUCUUUUCUAGGAAUUCUGAAGAUCUCUCGAAAAAGUACCCGGAUAUUCUCGAGAAAUUGAACACCUGGAUCAAACCGUCAACAAAGAGUUUUGUACUGGACUGCGAAACCGUUGCUUGGGAUCCUCAAAAUAAAAAGGUGCUCCCUUUCCAGCAACUGAUGACUCGCAAGAGGAAAGACGUGAAGACAUCAGAGGUCACCGUCAAAGUAUGCGUCUUUGCUUUCGACCUGCUGUUCUACAAUGGGCAGCCUCUUGUGAAGAAAUCAUUGCGCGAAAGACGUGAAAUCCUCCACAAUGCCUUCGUGCCGGUCGUAGGAGAGUUUUCAUUUGCUUCGUACGGAGAUACUCGAGACAUUGAGCAAAUCCAGCACCUUCUGGACGAGUCUGUGAAAGCGUCUUGCGAGGGAUUGAUGGUGAAAAUGCUCGACACGGAAGAGUCCGGCUACGAGCCCAGCAAACGCUCACGUAACUGGCUGAAGGUGAAGAAGGAUUACCUUGCCGGCGUAGGCGAUUCCUUAGAUCUCGUCGUCCUAGGGGCGUACUAUGGAAAAGGGAAGCGGACCUCUUGGUAUGGUGCUUUCCUUCUCGGUGCAUACAAUGAGGAGACGCAGACUUUCGAGACGGUAUGCAACAUUGGGACCGGGUUUUCCGAAGCGAUUCUCGAAGAGUUUUACAAAGACUUGUCCGAGCUUGUCAUCGAUGGACCCAAACCAUUCUACUCCCAUUCCACAGUGAAGAACGAUCAGCCGGACGUCUGGUUCGAGGCUCGUCAUGUAUGGGAGGUCAAGACAGCCGAUCUCACACUGAGCCCUCGGUACCGUGCUGCCAUCGAUGAGAUGGGUGGCAAAAACGGCAUCAGUCUGCGGUUUCCUCGUUUCAUUCAGAGGAGAGAUGACAAGAAGCCGGAAGAGGCCACAACGACAAAAGCUAUUGCAGAGAUGUAUCGCAAACAGGAGGUGGUUGCGAGGGAGGCACGGAGCAAGGGCGGCGUUGACGAUGACUUUGAGUACUAGGAUUUACACCGACUCAAACAUGAGGCAGCUGAAGAAGCAGCCGUGGAGAAGGCGGCAGGCGUGAUCACGGGUAGAUAUAUGGCGUAUGCGCAUGAAGACUGGGCUCACAGGUCCGGAGAGGCAUGACAAUGGGGACAUACUACAUGUCGAGCUAUUGGGAUGCGUAUUAUCGUGCCUCGCAUUAAUGUUAGAGGAAUUGCGUUCAACGAUGAACCAGUCUCACAAAAGUACAACGUCUGUAAACCCUAAGAUAAAGCGGCAAGAUGAGCGAAUGCACAGCCACGUG